UGCGCGGCGGGAGCCCGGCCCGCCGGCCGGCGGCUCCGGCGCAGGCGCAGCGCGUGCUCUGCCGGCGGGCGGGGGCAGAGGUCAAGGGUGAGGGGUCAGCUCCUGCCCGGCGGCGGCAGCAUGGCAGGCGGCGGCAGCGGCCCGGUGGGCUCCGUGGCGGAGGAUGGGGGGCCGUCGGCCCCGGAGCGGGUUCUCUUCCCGCCUACCUUCAGCGUGUCCGAGAUCAAGAACAAGCAGCGACGGCACUUCAUGUUCCUUCGCUGGAAGCAGCAGCAGAGGAAGGAGAAACUGGCCGCCAAGAAGAAGCGGAGAAAGGAGCGAGAAGCCCUGGGAGACAGAGCACCUCCAAAAGCCAUACCAAAGACUAUUGAAAAUCAGAGAGUGUAUGAUGAAACAACUGUAGAUCCCAACGACGAAGAGGUUGCUUUUGAUGAAGCAACUGAUGAAUUUGCACCAUACUUCAACAGACAGACAGUUCCCAAGAUUCUUAUUACAACAUCAGACAGACCUCGUGGGAGAACAGUGAGAUUCUGUGAACAACUAUCUACUGUUAUACCCAACUCACAUGUCUACUAUCGAAGAGGGCUGGCUUUGAAAAGAAUUAUUCCACAGUGUAUUGCAAGGGACUUCACGGAUUUAAUCGUUAUCAAUGAAGAUCGCAAAAUACCAAAUGGUCUUGUUUUAAGUCAUCUGCCUGAUGGUCCAACUGCUCAUUUUAGAAUGAGUAGUGUCCGUUUGCGUAAAGAAAUAAAGCGAAAAGGGAAAGAGCCCACAGAACACGUACCUGAAGUAAUUCUGAAUAAUUUUACAACACGACUUGGCCAUUCUAUUGGUCGCAUGUUUGCUUCUCUUUUCCCACAUGAUCCUCAGUUCAUUGGAAGACAAGUAGCUACCUUUCACAACCAGCGAGACUACAUCUUUUUCAGAUUCCACAGAUAUAUCUUCAAGAGUGAAAAGAAAGUGGGAAUUCAAGAACUUGGGCCACGUUUCACAUUAAAGCUGAGGUCUCUUCAGAAAGGAACCUUUGAUUCCAAAUUUGGAGAAUAUGAAUGGAUUCAUAAGCGCCGAGAAAUGGACACGAGUAGAAGAAAAUUUCACUUAUAAGGGACAGCUAUCUGCCAGUUGCUGCUGACCAGAAAUACAACUGCUUGGAACUAUGGAUUAUCUCAGACUCCUAACUAAUGAUAAUGACACUGAACAGUAUCUGUCUGCAGAAAGACAAGCUGCAAACAUUAAAACCUUCUACAGGAGCGGAUCAAGUAGGACGCAUCUUUCUUUGUAGCUAAAUCCAACAUGACGAGGACAGCGACUCUUUUUCCAGUUUAGCAGGAAAAACUAUGCAAUGUCAGAGCAGCCUGUUAUUUAGCUAUCACUGAAGAUUUGCUAUGACUGCCACUGUGCUGUAGAGAUAAAUUACACUUUGCAACAUCAAAGACAGUAAAUAUUUUGGUAAAAGAUAUUCUCAAAAUAAAGUAUUUCUAGUUAUACAGCUUUUUUUCUGUUAAGCAGCUAAACCCAGACCUCUUCCAUUAAUCAGGUAAGAGAUAAGUAUUUUAAACCUCUUUCUAACUUACAGUAUGCUGUUCCCUGACAGCGUGGUGAUACUUUUCCAAAAAUGGUCUCCUAUCUAGAGAACAUGGAAAAGGCUAUAUGCAAUCCAGGAAGUCUGUGGUAUUUUACUUCAUUAACAUCUUGCAUAAAAUAGCCAAGUUGCUGAAGUUACAAAAAUAAUGUUUGACUCCUACAUGUAUCUCUUCUGUAAAAGUCGUAUAAAGAAGAGGUAUAUACCCAAA